CAAUUGAUGAACUCAUUUAAAAUUCUUCGUUUUUAAAAUUUGAAAUUAAAAUUUGUGUCUGUAAUAUUUUUAUGUGAGAAAAAUUUUCGAAAACAAUUAAAAAUUAAGAAAAAUAGAAGCGUAACAAUUCCAGAUAAUCGAAACUGGCAAAAAAUUGGCAGCUAAUCUCAAUUGAGAAAGCGAAAAAAAUACAUUUUCGGUGUGAAAUUGUUAUUAUAAAGCAGGAAAAAUUGAUCGACUCGGAGAUUUAUACGCAAAUGUGCUUAGAAGAAUGGAUCUGGCUUUUGAAAAUUAUUUAGCCCAAGACAGUAGUUCAAUCGAACCCGAUGACAUACCAAAAACCAAUAAUCCCGUGUGGAUUCUCGGCCGAAAAUAUAAUGCAAUCCAAGAGCUUGAACUUAUCAGACGAGAUGUUCAAUCACGAGUAUGGUGCACGUAUCGAAAAGGUUUUGUUCCACUCGGAAGACCCCAGUUAACAACUGACAAAGGGUGGGGCUGCAUGCUGCGAUGUGGACAGAUGUUACUUGCACAGUCCCUUCUAGAAUUGCAUUUAGGUAGAGAUUGGUUUUGGCACAGUGAAACAAGAGAUCCCACCUAUUUAAAGAUUGUAAACAGAUUUGAAGACAGUAGAAAGAGUCCGUUUUCGAUACAUCAAAUUGCGAUGAUGGGUGAUUCAGAAGAUAAACGUGUAGGUGAAUGGUUUGGACCCAAUACAGUUGCACAGGUUCUCAAAAAAUUGGUUAAAUACGAUGAUUGGUGCAGUUUGACAAUACACGUGGCAAUGGAUAAUAACGUUGUUAUUCAAGAAAUAAUUAAAUUAUGUGAAAAAGGCGACACAUGGAAACCAUUACUUUUGAUCAUUCCGCUACGUCUUGGACUGAGUGAAGUAAAUCCAAUCUAUAUAAAUGGUUUAAAGAAAAGCUUUGAAAUUCCCGGCACAGUUGGUCUUAUUGGUGGCAAGCCAAAUCAAGCCCAUUAUUUCAUUGGUUACGUUGGUGACGAAGCACUAUAUUUGGACCCACAUACAACACAAAAGUGUGGCAGUGUUAAAGAUAAAUUGACAGCAAGCGAAAUGGAAAUUGACGAAACGUAUCAUCAAAAAUUUGCGGCUCGCAUAAACUUUGAGAAAAUGGAUCCUUCAUUAGCUCUGUGUUUUAUAUGCAAGACACGGACCGAAUUUGAUGAGUUAUGUGCAAGACUUAAGAGUGACAUCAUUAGCACCGGUAGUCAACCAUUAUUUGAAAUAACCGAAACAAGUCAAACACCGUGGCGUUCAUGUCCGUCUACAACAACUUCACAAUCGCAACAUUUUCCGCGAACUGACUUGACAUCAAAUUCAAUUGCGUCUGAUUCAACGUCGAAGCAUAACACAGACGAUUCAGAAGAAGAUUUCGAGUUUAUAUUAUGAAAAGUAAUUUGUAACAUAUUAUGGAUUAUUAAAAAUUGUUGUCAA